UCCGCUACACAGAAGGCACACGAAAUGGCGUCUGCUGCAGAUUACAAUACUUACAGCCAGGCUGGAGGCCAGCAGGGGUAUGGCUCCUAUGCGGCCCAGCCCUCGCAAAGUUACGGACAGAACACCCAGCAGUCAUAUGGUCAACAACAAGGAUAUGGUUCAUACAACCAGCCGGCGGAUUCGACCUACCCGCAGACUGGUAGCACCUCAAGCAACUAUGGUCAGCAGGCCUAUGGAUCUUCUUAUGGACAACCACCACCAGCUAGUGGUGGUUAUACAGCCACUCCGGCUGCAGCUCAGAGCUACAGUCAACCUGCCCAGGGUUAUGGAGCCAGCAGCUAUGAUUCAACUGCCACUGCUGCUGCAGCUGCUGCUUCGUCCACCAGCACCAACCAAACCUCAUAUGGUGGGCAGGCCAGCUACGGCGCUCAGUCUGCUUAUCCUGGAUAUACACAACAGCCCGCUUCGGCUGCACCUCCCAGCAGUUACAGUGCUGGCAGCCAGCAGCCUGCUGGAUAUGAGCAGAGCUCUUAUUCCCAGCAGCCUCAGCCGAACUCUUACUCACAGCAGCAGCAGCAACCGGGAGGAUAUCAAGGCCAGCAAGGAGGAUAUGGACAGCAGAGCUCCUACAGCCAGCAGGGAGGAUACCAACAAGCUACUCCCCAGCAGCCACAGGCUCCGCCUACCAGCUAUGCUCCACCUUCUGGGUCCUAUGGACAGCCUCCUGCGAGCCAGUAUGGACAGCAGGGCAGCGCUGGAGGAAGCUACGGCCAGUCCGAUUACAAACCAUCCAGCCAGUAUGGUAAUUACAGACAGGACCACCAGAACGGAGGCGGCUACUCGGGCCCUGAGUCUGGAGGAUAUGGGGGCCCUGGAGAGGGCCGAGGCAUGGGAGGGGGGGAGAACCGCGGGCGUGGCCGGGGUGGGUUUGACCGGGGGAUGAUGCGAGGAGGUGGUGGCAUGCGAGGGGGCAUGAACCGAGGAGGAAUGGGCAUCGCUGGAGACAGAGGUGGCUUCAUUAAGCCUGGUGAUGGUAACAUGGGACGACCAGAAGAACAAGAUGACUCAGAAAACAGCACCAUCUACAUUACUGGACUGACUGAGAAUGCUACCCUGGAAGAAAUGGCAGAGUUUUUCAAGCACAGUGGAGUUAUUAGGAUAAACAAGCGAACAGGCCUGCAUGCCAUUAACAUAUACACAGACAAAGAUUCUGGAAAACCCAAAGGUGAUGCCACUUUGUCAUACGAAGAGCCUCCAUCUGCUAAGGCAGCAGUUGAGUGGUUUGAUGGGAAAGAUUUCCAGGGCAAGAAAUUAAAAGUCUCGAUGGCACGAAGGAAGCCCAUGAUGGGGAUGAUGCGUGGGGGCAUGCCAAUGAGAGGAGACCGUGGUGGCAUGAUGGGACGCGGAGGAAUGAUGGGUCGUGGUGGGAUGGGUAGAGGUGGUGAUCGAGGUGGAUUCAUGCCUCGUGGUGGUCCCAGGGGAAUGGGCCGUGGUGGACCAACCGGAGGAAACAUGCAGCAGAGGGCAGGAGACUGGCAGUGUCCAAAUGCUGGAUGUGGAAACCAGAACUUUGCCUGGAGGAUGGAGUGUAACCAGUGCAAGGCACCCAAACCAGAAGGAUUCGGACCUCCACCUUUCCCUCCUCCAGGGGGUGACCGUGGUCGCGGUGGCCCAGGCGGCAUGCGUGGCGGCCGUGGAAUGGACCGCGGAGGUCCAGGGGGACCCGGAGGCUUCCGUGGGGGAAGAGGUGGAGAUCGUGGUGGCUUCAGAGGAGGACGGGGCAUGGACAGAGGAGGAUUUGGUGGAAGGGGUCGUGGUGGGCCUCCUAUGGAUGACAUGGGAAGGAGGGGGCGAGGAAUGGGACCACCUGGUAAAAUGGAUAUGAAGGGAGACCAUCGCCAGGACCGGAGAGAGAGACCAUACUGAGAGAAUCGUCGCUGGUCAUAAACUUCCCUUGUUUGUUUUCAAAUGUUUUUAAAGCUGUAAUUCCAUAUUUAUAAGUGGUAUGGAAGUUGUUACUGCUUGGCCAUUAGUCCUCAAUGAACGUUUAAUUUUAUUUUUUUAACUUUUGUGUUUUGUGCUCUUUUUGUUCUGUUUAAGAACUAUCAGUGAAACCAGAUGCACAUGUUGUAAAUUCUCAGUGUUCAGUGUGCUAUUUGGAUUUGUCAUAAAUGUAUUUGUGCAACUGUGAGGUUUUUUUUAAUCCCAAUACGCUUCAUUUGCUUUACGCUGCUUUACUGUGUGCAAAUGUUGAAUAAAAAAGAAAA